UGCAUUUUGAAAGUUUGAAGGAUGAUCUAGACUGUUGCACUUUACAACAGUGAUGUGUCUUGCUCGAAAGAUUCGGCUCUUUGAGUCGGUUCUUUGAGUCGGUUCUUUGACUCAGCUCUUUUUUGGUGAAUGAGACGUUUUUUCCUUUGGCUGCAUAUUUUGACAAAUCCACCGCAAAGCCAUGUUAUUUUGUUUAUUAAAAGGUGCAGUAAGAGUUCAUAAGAAACACCACCACUGGUCAAAAUAUCGCAAACUUGGCGAUGAGACUUUAGAAGAAAGAGUAGGCUCUUAUUCGUGAGCCGAGUCAAAAGAUCUGACUCACUGAAAAGAGCCGAAAAUCCCAUCACUAGUUCACAUGUGGACUUAGAGACACGCCCAUCCUACUGAUCAACCAAUCAUAAGACACGCCCACUGAAGCAUCUCAGACCUUCUUCCAAGCCUCUCUUCAUACCGGCGCUAGAAGAAGAAGAAGAAGAAGAAGCUGAAGUUAGCUUUCUAAAACGUGAACAAAAAAAAUAAAAUACAAGUUUAGUUUUUUUUCUUUUCUCAAUACAUCACGUUCGGGUAAUAUUAACGAAACGUUUCCGGUUAGGAACAGACGACUCAUGGAGGGAAUGCUGAGUAACUCUGCAAUCAUCCAAUCAUGGAAGUCUGCCUCAAACUGACCGGGCUUCUUCUAGGCAUGCUGCUUUCCGAUUGGCUGACAGCCGUCCUGUCCCGGGAUUUUACUCUGGCAGACAUCAUUCAGCUCCAUCUAUCAGCUACUCCACACCCUGGAGGGUUUAAGUGCUUCACCUGCGAAGAUGCUGAAGAUAACUACUCCUGCAACCGCUGGGCUCCUGACAAAUACUGCCCUGAAGACUCCAGAUUCUGUUACACACGUCACUGGAUGAAUGCUGAUGGCGAAAGUGUCUCCGUCACAAAGCGCUGUGUGUCUCUGGACGAGUGUGUGUCCACUGGCUGCGUGCAACACGAAGUGCACAUGGUCUGCACUUCUUGUUGUGAAGGAAACAUCUGUAACCUGCCGGUACCGUGGAACAAGACGGCAGCCGUCUUCUCUACAAACUCCCCAUUAAACCGAGUGAUCAGAGCGUCUCCUGGGAAAAUCACCUCGCUCAGCAUCAUCCUCUUCUUCAUGCUUAAUUACUUCAAUUAGUGGUGCACUUAUCAGUGAGACGGUCAAGUUGUUUCAAGUUCAAAUUCUGAAACUAUUUAUGCUCUUAUUUUCUUGCAGGUAUUACUGCAAAAUUAUUAUUUUAUUUUUUCUUACUUGUAUAGCACUGUCGACAUAUGUCAAAAUUCUGAGAUAUAUCACAAUGUCAACAAAGUUCUGCUGCCUGAAUAUAAGGAAAAAGAAGGAAAGGAAAAAUGCAUUAUUCAGUUUUUCUUUUCUACCUAGUGGAAAUGGGAUUCUGUACGUUUCAUUGUGUAGAUAUCCUCAGUUUUCUGAGGUUUUCUGAUAUUUACCACAUAAAUGUUAGAGUCAUAUGAAUUAUAUAAAGAUCUGGCCACAGAUUGCAGAAAUUUUCAGAAAAUAUUUUGGGUUGGAUAUUUACAUUACUGUUUACCUACAUUAUAGCCUCAUAACCUCACUGUAAAAAAAAAAAAAAAAAUGCAAACUUGGCUUUAGGAGCCACAUGAAACCGAGAAGAUGUCAAGAAAAUCCUACAGAAUGUGACUGGUAAAUCCUGAGCACAGUCACAUGCUACAUUACAAAUACAUGCACACUUGUACAACCCUUUUUUUCCCCUUUUUCCUAAAAUGUUUCUAUUUGUGUUUUUUGCUUGAAUUUGUUGGCUAAUAUAUCAUAUUAAAGGUGAAAAAAGAUUUUAUAUGA